AUGGGCUCAUUACCCCUUUUUAAUCAAUGGUUUAUAUGGCUUUUUGCCUUGACAACAUGGAUAAUAUGUGUUAAUGCUGAUAGUUAUUCAUCAAACCCUUUGACAUAUUUGGAAUUUGUUAGUGAUCCUAGUAUAGAUAUACUUCCUAGAAAUAGAUUUGAGUCACACAAUCAAGAAUAUUUAAUACAAGAUUUAGAUGAUAAAUCAUUACGACAUGAUGACUCAAUGCGUAUACGAUUUAUAGCGUUUAAUAGGACAUUUAAUCUUCAUCUUGAACCUCAUUACGAUUUAUUACAUCCCGAAGCCACCAUCACCAUACACCAUGCAGACGAUACCAGCACCACAACACGAUUACUACUUGACGAUCAUAGGUUGUAUAAAGGAUAUUUAUUAGAUGUUAAAUUUACCGAUAAACGAUUAACUGAGGAUAUGAUUGGUUUAAAGAGAAAAUCCUUAUCAGAAGAACUUUUUGGUUCUGUUGGUGUCCUUGGUUGGGCAAGUAUUCAUGUUCACGAUGAUGGAAGUCGAUCAAACAGGAAACCAAUAUUUGAAGGCGCAUUUUCCUAUAAUAAUGAUAUAUAUCAUAUUAAAACUAUUGAGAAUUUCAAAAUAACCCGGUUUAGAGAUGAUCCAGCAAUACCCAAUCUUUCUGCACGUCAUAUUAAUCAUCGUUAUGCUACAAUGGUUAUAUUUCGUGAUUCUGAUAUAAAAAAUUCUGAUCAUAAUCGAAGAUCUUUAACCGAUGAAAAUGUACAAACUUGCGGCAGCGAUGAUAUUCUUGGUAUCAAAACUAACAGAAAUGACCAUCUUUUAACUCAUACUGAUGAAAAUUCUAAUCCACUUUCUCCAUGGUGGAAAAGAUUGGACUUUAGUUCAAACAUAAAAGGAAACUUGGAUGUUUCCUAUCAUAGUAAUAGUAAUAAUUUAUUUAAAAGAGGUGCGUCAGGUUGUCCAGAUGCUAGAAAAGUUGCUUAUAUGGGUGCAGCCGCUGAUUGUACAUAUGUCACUUCCUAUAAAUCGAGUGAUGCAGCUCGAAAACAAAUACUCACUGAUUGGGGUACUGCAUCUGCUGUUUAUGAAAGAACUUUUAAUGUGACGCUUGGUCUUAUAAAAAUUGAUAUACGUGAUGCAGCAUGUCCUGCUACCCCCGAUAGUGCCGUACUUUGGAAUAGAGAUUGUAGUGAUAGUUAUUCUAUAAAUACUCGUUUAAGUGAUUUUAGUUUAUGGAGGGGAAAACUUACUAAUGAUACUGACACAGCUUUAUGGCAUCUUAUGUCAAAGUGCAAUACUGGAUCAAAAGUUGGUGUUGCAUGGUUAGGUCAGCUUUGUACGAUUACAGCAAAUUCUCAAACCACUGAACAAGGUACAGCGUAUGUAUCAGGAACUGGUGUAUCAACCAUAGUUAAAGAUGAAUGGAAAGUUGUUGCUCAUGAAAUUGGACAUGGAUUUGGUGCAUCUCAUGAUUGCAUAGCAGCAAAUUGUCCUUGUACCAGUGCUGCUCAAUGUAAUUGUUGUCCAUUAUCCUCAACUGUUUGUGAUGCCGGCGGCAAAUAUAUAAUGAACCCAACUAGCAAUGUGCUUACAAAUGAUUUUAGUAUGCUAUUAAGUAUUGGUACUUGUCUUAAAGAUCCAAGUGAUACAAAUUCAAAAAUUUUAAGUCAAGCUAUGUGCGGAAAUGGUUUAAAAGAAGAUGGCGAAGAGUGUGAUUGUGGCACUGAUUGUCAAAAUGAUCAAUGUUGUGAUGGCACUACUUGUAAAUUCAAACCUGGUGCUGUAUGCGCUGAUUCAAACGAUCUGUGUUGUCUAAAUUGUAAAUAUAAAACUGCCGGUAUAGUUUGUCGACCACCAACUUCUAAUUGUGACAUAAGCGAAGUAUGUACUGGCACGUCUGGGGAUUGCCCUGUGGAUAAACACAUUGAUGAUGGAACUACUUGUGGCACAAAUCUUGAAUGUGCCGGUGGUAUAUGCACUUCAAGAGAUGCGCAAUGUAAUGUACGCGGUUCUAAAAUGGGUAUCACCAAAGCAUGCUCAUCUGUUGAAUCCACGAGUUGUGUAAUAAGUUGCUUAAAUCCUAAUGAUACUCGUUCAUGUCUUGAAAUGAGUGGAUAUUUUGUGGAUGGGACACCGUGUGGUCUUGCUGGCAGAUGCAAUAAAGGACAAUUUCAAGCUAUAGGAUCUUGGAUAGCAAAAAACCUAAAAAUAGUUAUUCCUCGACGCUUGGCAAAAAAUAAACUGUCAAUAUCAUCGACUGAUAGCUCCAGAUAUCUUUAUUCUCCUGUAAAUCCAUCCCACACAACUGCCAAUCUAUCCAGAAGCAACCGCAUCGCAACCGGUGAUAAUACUCCUACUCCAAGUGGAUGGGUUGACCCUACACCUUACAAUGGACCCAAAUCACCCCCUGAAACACAUCGAAACGUACCCGCCUCAUCACAGCCACGCGAAAGGAUAGUGCCAAUGCCAGAUCCUUAUCAUUAUAAUCGAUCUACGGAUCGGUCUGUUUCACCACGUCAAAUGUAUGAUAAUACAAGGUCUGCUUCACCACGUCAAAUGUAUGAUAAUACAAGGUCUGCUUCACCACGUCAAAUACAAGAUAAUCAAUCACCGCUGAGCGGUAAUAAUAGAAGGCAAAAUUCACCACAUCAAAUGCAAAUUAAUACAAGAACAAAUCAACCACCUUCAUCACACCAACUUAAUCCAAGGACCAAUCAACCAAUACCACGACAAGAUAAUCAAUCGCCAAUAUUAUCACCAUCAGGCAGUAAUAGAGGGCACAAUUCACCACCAAUACAACGACAAGAUAAUCACUCGCCAAUAUUCUCAGUAUCAGGUAAUAAUAAUAGAGGGUAUAAUCAACCUGAUCGUAAUGAACCUUAUAACAACGAUCAAUCAAGAUAA